AUGGACCCCUCAAAAGCAAUCGACGUCGAAAAGCAAGCAUGCGAAGUCCAAGGCGAACGCGUCGUGGAUGAUGAGAAAGGAUCUCCUUCGUCGUCUUCUCUCACCUCGCCCCCUCCCACUUACUCACCUUCUGUGCAUACUCCCAACCAGCCCAUUGACCCAGACACAUACUCAGAGGAUGAUUUUAUGCCCCCAGACGGUGGGUGGCGAGCUUGGUCUCAAGUUCUUGCUGCUCAUCUGGUAAAUGCAAUGUCGUGGGGAUACGCCGCUUCCUUUGGCGUGUAUCAACUCUACUAUGUCGAUACACUUGGAUUGCCCGCUGCUCAGGUCUCAUGGAUUGGGUCUUGCCAGGUUUUCCUCACAUUUGCCGCAUGUGUCAUUUCUGGUCGUCUAUCUGACGCUGGUUAUGCCCGCGAAACUGUCAUGGCGGGCUCCUUCUUUGCUGUUUUGGGCUCCUACCUGACAAGCUUCUGCUCUAAAUAUUGGCAAAUAUUCCUGGCCCAAGGUGUGUGUACGGGAUUGGGACUCGGAAUUAUCUUCGCACCGGCCAUUUCUGUCGCCAGUUCGUACUUCAAGAGGAAUAGGUCGAUUGCCCUAUCCAUUGCAGCUAUGGGCACAUCGGUUGGCGGCCUUGCCUUUCCGUCAACUGUUCAAUACUUGAUCCCUCGCAUAGGAUUUCAAUGGGCUGCCCGGAGUGCUGCUCUAGUCGCCCUAGUCAUCUGUGUCGGGGCGUCUGCGCUAUUGAGACCGUAUAUUCCUGCGAGGAAGACGGGUUCUUGGAUAGAGUGGGCAGCCUUCAAAGAGCUCCCGUACUCCCUGUUUGCUGCCGGUUCAUUCUUGAACUUCUAUGGCAUUUACUUUGGGCAAUUCUAUAUCAACAGUUUUGCCCGAAAUAUUAUUGGCUUUUCGUCGCUCGAGUCCGUCAACUUGCUGCUGCUCAGCAACGCCGUAGGUCUUCCUGUCCGACCGAUGGUUGGAUAUUUGGCAAAUAAUCAUUUCGGCCCCAUUAAUGUCUUCGUCAUGGCAACUGCUUUCGUGGGUAUAACGCUGUUCGCCUGGAUCGGCAUCACGACCCGAACAAGCAUGUACAUCUUUAGUGCCUUUGUUGGAAUCGCCAUUAGCUCUAAUCAAGGCACAUUCGUGCCAGCGCUGGCAAGCUUAACUAAAGACCCUAAGAAGAUGGGAAUCCGAUUUGGCAUGGUUGAGACACUUUGCUCAUUUGCUGCAUUGGCUGGUCCUCCUACUGCUGGUGCCAUCAUCGAUCGUUCGGGAGCCAACAACAGCAUCUUGAUCGACGGUAGGGUGAUCGUUAACGUAUUCCACGGAUCGCCUCAGGCAUUUCCCUUCGUUUUGGCAAUCAUCAUCCUGGAGUAA